AGACGGCCCAUGUGAGAGGGACUCGCGAAGGGAGCGGGAACGGACGGGUGGGGGCGUGGUCCACCUGCUCGCCCGCGCGGCCGCUGCCAUGGCUGCGAGGGACGCCGGGGGGUCAGCGGCGCUGGGCCGCGGCCGGUGCUGCUGCUCGGUUCCGUCGUCCGGUUUCGCCCGGCGCUUGCGCCCCUGCGCCGGCUGCUGAGGAGCCCCUAGCCCGCUCCGCGUAGGGCCGUGGAGGAUGGCCGAGGCGGCCGCCGAGGUGGUGAGCCUGCGGGAAAAGGUGGCUGCUCUAGAGGAGGAGUUGGGCGCCUGUCAGAGCCGCCUGGAGCGGGAGAAGAAGCUGCGCCUCAAAGCCCAGGCCAGCGCUGCCAAGUUACGGAGACAGGUUGAAGAAUUGAAUAAGAAAAUCAAUGAUGGUGAAAGAAGUGAGAAGACAACAUCCAGCAUAGAAAUACAAACUGAAAACUGUGCUGCAUGGCUGCACACAGAUUAUUAUUAUAAUUAUUACAACAGUUCUGAUCCUCAUGAUUUACUCAGAUCACCAAUACAGCCAUGUAAUCAUAGUGAAAGAUCAGAUCCUAAUUGUGUAGACCAGUUACAAUUAGGUGAUCAUCCAGAUGUUAAUGGUGCAAAACAUGAUGAGCCGGAGGAUCAGGAUGAUGUAAUUCAUGAUAUGCAGAAACCUGAAGAUCUUUUAUUAACAGAAGAAGGUACAUUAGCAGAAAGUUUGAGAGCUGCUGCAGAGGCUGCUGUAUCACAAACAGGAUUUAUAUAUGAUGAAAACACCGGAUUAUAUUUUGACCAUAGUACUGGAUUCUAUUAUAAUUCGGAAAACCAAUUGUAUUAUGAUCCAUCUACUGGAUUUUAUUAUUAUUGUGAUAUUGAGAGUGGUCGAUAUCAGUUCCAUUCACGAGUGGAUCUGCAGGCUUAUGGAACUGGAACUACUCAGCAAUGCAAAGAAAGAAAAGGAAAGAAGAGAAGAAAAGAAGUAGACUUGCCUAAGGCAAAUGAACAUAAGGAUUUGAACACAGAUGAGCAAAAAUCAUCUUGCAAUCUCAGUUGCCUUUCUACUACUCAUGAACUAAGUUCUCCAGAAGAGGAAGAAUCACCAAAUGUGAAAAAGGCUAAAGUGGACAUUGAAACAAAAAAUAACCUAACAGCCAAAGAAUUGGUUACUGCAAAUGGCACCAGUUUAAAUCUUAACAAAGACACACAAUAUACUGCUCUUAUAGAUGACAGUAAAACAGAGACAGAGAGUGAGCCUGAAGAAGGAGAAAUUACAGAUUCUGAACAGGAGAACUAUAGCAGUGAAGAUGAAGUAACAAGUGAAGAAAAUUCAUAUUCAGAAGAUGUUGACAGUGAAGAUGGUGACAAGAUUUGGCCACCUUGUAUUAGAGUGAUUGUAAUUAGAUCACCUGUACUGCAGAUGGGAUCUUUGUAUAUCAUCACAGCUGUCAAGCCUGCCACAAUUGGAAGAGAGAAAGGUAUGGAACACACUCUACAGAUCCCAGAGGUUGGCAUUAGUAAGUUUCAUGCAGAAGUAUAUUUUGAUCAUGAAUUGCAAAGUUACGUUCUUGUGGAUCAAGGCAGUCAGAAUGGGACCGUGGUUAAUGGAAACCAGAUUUUGCAGCCUAAAACAAAAAGUGAGCCCCAUGUUCUGGAACAUGGUGAUGAAGUGAAGAUUGGGGAAACUGUAUUAUCCUUUCACAUACACCCUGGUAGCGAAACCUGUGAUGGAUGUGAACCAGGGCAAGUUAGAGCCCAUCUUGGUCUUGAUAAGAAAAAUGAGUCUUCUGUUUGCCCUGCACUGACAAAAGAAGAGAAGGAGUUAGUUAGAAGAAAAGCAUUAAAACAAAUACGUGUAAAAUAUGGCUUACAGAACACAGAGUAUGAAAAUGAUCGAAUCAUGAAAAAUCCAAAUUACAAAGACCGAGCAGGAAAGCGCCGUGAGACAGUUGGAAGUGAAGGGAACUUUCACAGAGAUGAUGCCCCAGCCUCUGUGCACAUUGAAAUUAGUGAUAGCAACAGAGGUCAUAAAAUGCUGGAGAAGAUGGGAUGGAAGAAAGGAGAAGGGCUUGGAAAGAGUGGUGGUGGAAUAAAAGAUCCGAUCAAACUUCAACUGCACAGAAAGCAUGCAGGCCUAGGUGCAAGUACUCCUCUCUCUCCUGAAGAGGUUCAGAUAAUCAACACCAAGAACAAAAGAAAUUGGGAAAAAGCAAGAGAGAGAUUUGCAGAAAACUUCCAAGAUUCUAAAACACAGAAAAACGUACCAAAGGAUCUGCCUUGGAUUAGAGAAACAACAGAAUGAAGUUUUCAUUUUAAUUUAUUAACAUGUUUAAAUGGUUUUUUAUUUUAUGCUAAGUGGAACCUGGAUUAUUUGUAGUAUAUUUCUUAGACUGCUGUACAGGCUCAUUAACUGCAAUUCAUUGUUCAGUUUACAUGCUAUUUUUGUUAAAAGCAUAGUUUUAAGCAUAAGAUAAUGCAUGAAUUAAAAUGGCCCAGGUUUUGAUUUGAAGGGAUUUGUGAGAUUAGCAUUGUGGAACAUGUGGAGGGGAAGUGACUUCUUAUUUGUAAUCUACUAAGUCAGUAAAUAUUCAUUUUUGUUUUUGGAUGUUUCAUGGAUCUCAGUGUAUAGACUGAUGCAAAAAUGCCUUGUACAUGUUCAGACUUUUUAGAUUUUUAGGAAAAGAGGAGCAGCAUUGAUAAACCUCACUUCAUUCUUAUUAAAUUACCAGAUUGUCAAACAAUCCAUUAGACAUUAAUCCUAUUUUAAGUGUACUAUCACUGGUUUUGAUGAAGAAAUGUACAAAACUUUGCAGUAAAGCCUUUUUUUUUCUUCUGUGAAGAACUGUGAGGAUUGCGUAUACAACUCAAUAUUGAGGUAGCAUGUUCACAAACUGCCACGAUAUUCAAAGCUGCUCUACACUUAAAGAAUUGGAUGGUUCAGUCCAAGGACUUGUGCCUGUUACAGAAUUCAGGAGAGGAAAUUGUAUACUUACUGGGUAAAGAAUUCUCUGAAAAACUAACAUAAGGACAGCUCUAAGGUAGUCUGUUUCGAUAUGGGCAUAAAAUUUCAAGAGGCAUUCAGUGGUAGAAUCCAAACGUUCUGUACCACAGUAUUCUUAAAGUGUAGGUGGCCUUAGAAAGUAGACUGCUCUCUGCUGUCACUCUCUUUAAGCUAUGCUGCAGUAGGCCAUGAAAUCAAGGGGAUGGCUAUACGGUUUUUAGCAGACCUGCACUUUUUCUUAACCUAUGGGCCUGUCAUGUCUCCAUUGCUGGCAAUGGAAUUUAGGCCAGUGAUCUUGGUUUCUCUUUCUUUUGUGCUUCAGAGCAGAAACCGGAUUGCUUAUUUAUUGAAAUGUCAAUAAACCUGUGAUUUCAACUUA